AUGAUAGAACCCACCACCGAGAUCGCGCAUACGAAGCGCGCUUCGCCCGUCGCAUCUGGGGCGCCCAGGCUUGCGCACUCACAAAAGCUAAAGACCAUUGACACGAGCCGGAGGAAGAAGCUUGUACAGUGGCUAUUUGACAACCAGACAAUUGCCCCUCUACUCCUCACACACAUCUGCAUCCCCGCGGCGCGUCCGUACACAUCCAAGUUCAUCAAGCUCUCAUAUCACAACACGACCACCGGCAAGUAUGGCGCUGGUCACGACGACCUCUGCUUUGUCGCAUUUUGCGUGGUUCUCCUCAUUGGCAUUCGGGCCGCGCUGAUGCGCCACGUUCUUGAGCCUCUCGGCCGGCACUGGGGCAUAUCGAAGAAGAAGGAUGUUGCCAGGUUUUCGGAACAGGGCUCGAUGCUCGCAUACUACAGUGUUCUCUGGCCUGUGGGAAUGUACCUUUAUUGCAAGGCGCCAUACUACCUCAACAUGAAGGAGCUCUGGAACAAUUGGCCCCAAAGGGAACUCGACGGGUUAAUGAAGGGAUACAUCAUGGUGCAAUGGGCCUACUGGGUCCAGCAGGUCAUCUCGGUGAACAUCGAGGCUCGGCGCAAGGAUUACUGGGAGAUGAUUGUGCACCACGCAAUCACCAUCUCUCUCAUCGCGGCAUGCUACGCGUAUCACCAAACCCGCGUCGGUCAUCUCAUUUUGGUCUUAAUGGACGUCAUUGAGUUGAUCUUCCCACUAGCCAAGUGCCUCAAAUACAUCGGCUUCACGACUCUCUGCGACGUUAUCUUUGGCGUCUUCCUCCUCGUGUGGGUCUGGACGCGCCACGUAUUCUACCUUAUGACCUGCUGGAGCGUCUACUACGACCUACCCCGAUCUCUAAAAGAGCCAUGCUUCCGAGGCGCCCCAGGCAAUAUCGAAGGGUCAUUCUCGGCGCCUACAGAAGGCUGGUCCCACCUCCUCGAGCCGUUCAAGGAUCCCGCGGGCACGGUAUGCUUCACCAACGGCAUUCGAUACGGCUUUUUAACCUUUCUCCUUGCACUUGAGCUUGUCAUCUGCGCGUGGUCAUUCUUCAUUAUUCGUGUCUCGGUGAGAGUGCUCAAGGGGGCUCCCGCCGAGGAUGUUAGAAGCGAUGUCGAUGACGAGGAAGAGGAAGAGGAGAAGAUUGAGUAUGAGGAGAUCGAGGCCAUUGAGGAGGAUGUUGGCGUGGAGUCUAUUGACUUGAAGGCUUGGGACAGGUCCCCUUCCCGGAAGGAGUCUUCGAGCUCUAGGGUGAGUGGCGUGAGGACGCACAGUGGCCGGAAGGAGUUGCUCAACAGAAUUGGAUGCGAGAAACAGAUUGAUUGA